AUGGGCUCCACCACCGUCGAAUUUACAAACCCCGCCACCUCGUCUCUACUGGAGAUCGUCAAGGCCCGCCGCACAUACUACGAUCUCAAGGGCGAGAGCCCCGUCUCGGACGAUGUGAUUGAGCGCAUCGUGCACGACUCGGUCCUGCAUGUCCCCAGCUCGUUCAACACGCAAACCUCACGCAUGGUUCUUCUCUUGAAGGAGGAGCACAAGAAAGUCUGGGACAUUGCGAUUGCCGCAAUGGAGGACCUCGUGGCGGCCGGUCAUGUGCCCAAGGAGAUGUAUGAGAAUCAUACCAAGCCCAAGCUGAACAAGUUCAAGGAUGCAUAUGGAACGGUUCUUUUCUUCGUGGAUUUCGAGAGCCUGGCUGCCAUAAAGGAAAAGUUUCCCACUUAUGCGGACAAGUUCGACCCCUUUGCGGUGGAAUCGACCGCCAUGUCUCAGUAUCUGGUCUGGCUCGCACUCGAGGCCGAAGGAUUGGGCGCCAAUCUUCAGCACUACAGUCCCUUGGUGGACGAAAGGAUCACCAAGACCUGGAAUUUGCCUGCGUCGUGGAAGCUGGACGCUCAACUGGUGUUUGGUACGCCCAACUCUGAGCCCCAGGAGAAGGCUUUUGCUCCUCUGGAGGACCGAUUCAAGGUUUUUGGUAAAUAG